AUGCAGAUCUUUGUGAAGACCCUCACCGGCAAGACCAUCACCCUUGAGGUUGAGUCGUCGGACACCAUCGACAAUGUGAAGGCGAAGAUCCAGGACAAGGAGGACAUCCCCCUGGACCAGCAGCGCCUCAUCUUUGCCGGCAAGCAGCUCGAGGAUGGCUGUACCUUUGCUGACUACAACAUCCAGAAGGAGUCCACCCUUCACCUGGUGCUCCGCCUUCGUGGUGGUAUGCAGAUCUUCGUCAAGACCCUGACGGGCAAGACCAUCACGUUGGAGGUGGAGUCCUCGGACACCAUCAACAACGUGAAGGCAAAGAUCCAGGACAAGGAGGGCAUCCCCCCAGACCAGCAGUGCCUCAUCUUUGCUGGCAAGCAGCUUGAGGAUGGUCGCACUCUUGCUGACUACAACAUCCAGAAGGAGUCCACCCUUCACCUGGUGCUCCGCCUUCGUGGUGGUAUGCAGAUCUUCGUCAAGACCCUGACAGGCAAGACCAUCAUGUUGGAGGUGGAGUCCUUGGACACCAUCGACAACGUGAAGGCGAAGAUCCAGGACAAAGAGGGCAUCCCCCUAGACCAGUAGCAUCUCAUCUUUGCUGGUAAGCAGCCUGAGGAUGGUCGCACUCUGGCGAACUACAUUAUCCAGAAGGAGUCUACCCUUCACUUGGUGCUUGAGUUAAUUGCAGGGAAGUAUCACACUUGCAGUUGUAACGGAUCAGUACCACUAUUUAGAUUUUUUACAAGUCAGUACCAUGUUUGAGGCUGGUCGCUGCAAUACGGGCUAAGCCGCGUAUAACUCUGUAUUGACGCUGUAUCUGACAACCCGACCCCACUAGUCAGUUCAUAAGCCGCCGAACCGGUGCGUCGCUCGGGUGGCUAGGACGGACCCGGCUCGGUUGGUCUUGGCUCGGUCUAACCCUAGUAGUUCUCUCC